ACCUUGCAUAUUGUAAUUACCUUAAGAACACACAUGCGCGCAUACAGUAGUUAUGAGCAAACAACCUCUGAUCAUGAGUUCCAUUUCGAUAUAAAAGAGCUAGCUAGAGCUCAUUUCUCUCUUUCUUUAUCUAAUUUUUUCUUUUCUAGAUCAGCUAGCAGAGAAAAAAAAGAGAAGAUUGAUAUUAUGUCUUCUUUUUUAGUUAAAUUGGCAAUAUUUAGUACUCUUGUUGCCAGUAGUUUUUGGUGUUCACUGUCUAAUGCUACUCGACUGAGUACCACGUUUUAUGAGAGCACGUGUCCGAAUGUGUCGAGCGUCGUGCGUGGUGUGGUAGAAGAGGCUGCUCAAAAUGACGUCCGAAUUGGUGCCAAAAUCAUCCGUCUCCAUUUCCACGAUUGUAUUGUCGAUGGUUGCGAUGGUUCAAUUUUGCUAGACAACGCAGAUGGAAUAGAGAGCGAGAAAGAGGCACUUCCUAAUAACAACUCAGCUCUUGGAUUUGAAGUCGUAGAUGAAGUUAAAGCUGCGUUAGAAAAUGUUUGCCCUGGAGUUGUUUCUUGUGCAGAUAUUUUAGCCCUUGCUUCUCAGAUCUUGGUUUCUUUGGCUGGAGGCCCGACAUGGGAAAUUCCAUUGGGAAGAAGAGAUAGUAGGACUGCCAACCGACAAGGAGCUAAUGAUCUCAUUCCAACUCCUUUCGAUACACUUAAGAAUCUUACAAUCAAGUUUGAUGGUUUUGGACUCGACGCCACUGAUCUUGUUGCUUUAUCUGGUGGACAUACAUUCGGUCGUUCGCAAUGCAUAUUUUUCCGUCACCGCCUUUACAACUUCAACAACACCGGCGUCCCAGACCCUACCGUAGACAAGACAUACAUGGAAAAGCUUCGCCGGAGAUGUCCUGACGGCGGAGACAACAAUACACUUGCCAACUUCGAUCCAAUUACUCCCGAUAGCUUUGACAAUGAAUACUUCAAACUCCUCCAAAACAAGCAAGGGAUCCUUACAAGCGAUCAAGUUCUGUAUUCAACAAGUGGGGCCGACACAAUUGACAUUGUCGACCGUUUUGCAGAUAGUCAGAGUGAUUUCUUUGAAAACUUUGCUCGGUCAAUGAUAAAACUCGGAAAUAUAAGCCCCCUGACGGGUGACGAUGGAGAAAUCAGGUUGAAUUGUAGAAGGGUCAACUGAAUUAAUAUCAUGUCAUGAAACUAUCUAUCUAUCAAACUAUAUUAAAUUAAAAAGGAUAUAUAUUUUAAUAAAAGAAAUUAAAAGCCAUUGAAUCCUAAAGGCCGAUCGAUGCAGGUAUGAUCGAUUAGAUAUAUAGUAGUCGAUCUUUUUAAUUUGUGAGAGGGGGAUAUUUAAGUGUUUGAUAAUUUGCUAAUUAAUUAUUCCCUCAGUGAUGUGACAGGUGUGUUUUCUAGCUCGCUCUUGGGUUUGUCUCCUUCGAUGCUAGAGGAGAAAUUAAUGUAACGCCCGUGAUGGCAUACAUAUAUAUAUAAAGACCAAAGAUUUAUAUUAUAUGUUACUAUAUAUACGUACUGCAUGUGUUUUUCUGCUUGAUAAGAACAAUAUCACGACUGGUCUUUCUCUAUCA